AAAUAUUUGGGGAAAAGUUUUCAUCUGGUAACACUGCAAAGAAAUAUCAGAAUUGGCAAAAACAGUUCGUUUCGGGCGUGUAAAGGCAAUUCGAAUUUCUAAGUAGCCAGGCAGUGACCCCGCGGCGGAUUCGCAACACAGGCAUCAGAAUGAGUGCACCUGGCAUGGACAAGAGAAAACUCUCCACAUCGGGGGACUCGCUUUACGAAAUCCUAGGACUUCCGAAGACAGCCACCGGAGAUGACAUUAAGAAGACAUACCGAAAACUGGCACUCAAAUACCACCCCGACAAGAACCCCGACAAUGUCGACGCUGCCGACAAGUUCAAGGAGGUGAAUCGGGCUCACUCGAUAUUGAGCGACCAGACCAAACGCAAUAUAUACGAUAACUACGGCUCGCUGGGCUUGUACAUCGCCGAGCAGUUUGGCGAGGAAAAUGUCAACGCGUACUUCGUGGUCACGUCGCCGGCAGUUAAGGCACUCUUCAUCUGCUGCGCCGUGGUCACUGGAUGCUGCUGUUGCUGUUGCUGCUGCUGCUGUUGCAACUUCUGUUGCGGCAAGUUCAAACCGCCGGUCAAUGAGUCGCACGACCAGUAUGCGCAUCUCAAUCGCCCCGAUGGCAAUCGAGAUGUCAGCGAUCUGCCGCCACAAAUGGGACAGCAGCCACGUCUCGAGGAUGUGGAUCUGGACGACGUGAAUUUGGGUGCGGGCGGCGCCCCCGUAACAACACAGCCACGCGAACAGGCCGGAGGACAGCCCGUGUUCGCAAUGCCGCCGCCUAGCGGAGCUGCUGUUGGAGUUAAUCCCUUCACCGGAGCACCAGUGGCCGCCAAUGAGAACACCUCGCUGAACACAACGGAGCAGACCACAUACACGCCAGAUAUGGUUAAUCAGAAAUAUUAGGCAAGUGCUGCGAACGAUUCAGAUACAGACACAGAGCCCUAACCCGUAACAGAAAAACAUAAAAGCCCGAUAUGUUUCGUAACUAUUAAAGUUGUUUUUAAGAUGCGCGAUAUGUUGAAGCAGUCAACAUAUGAACUUAUGUAUUUAUUGUAAGCCGUAGCACUUAGCUCUAUCUUUAAACAGUCUUAUUUUGAGGUGGGCUCUUGGCAGCCGCCCGUCAGGUUGAUCUUGGUCCACUUCGAGUAAUCUUGUCACCAAAUUCCAUUAUUCAGAAAGCAGCCACCUAGCAAGAUCUAUUAAGAACUCGACUUCACAUCCUGUUACGCAUGACCUUGUCGCGUCGACUAAGUUGAAUAUCCGAAGUUAGUCUCAAUAUUUGUUGUUUGAUCGCUCUCCUUCCUGCGUAUGGAUUCAGUCGUAGUGGACAAGAUUGUAAUGAUAUAUGUGUAUAUGAUAUGUGUUUCUAGUUUGCAUUUGUGUCCUCGCCCAAUCUAGCUUAAUUGUUCGCGAAAUCGCCUCAAUCGGUUCUGUUAAUGUGUCGGAACUACUUAUGUAAAGAAGAUGAAUUGUCGAGCGACUCCCAAGCAGAUUGCUCCGAUCCGAUCCUAAUGCAAAUGUAAAUAAGUCAAGUUAUACAAAUAAGCAUCACACAGACAAGCAGAGGAGGACGAUAAGGAGGACACUAAAUACAACAUAGGGCGGAACUUAAUGGAAAGAUAAAAUAUAUAUAUAAAUAUAAUAUUAAUCCCCUAUUUAUAAAUAUUAAAUACAAUUAAUCAAAAGUUCAAUUGUAACCCCCAAAAGUAUUGCACUUGCACAUGUAUUCAAAAUUGUUUCAAAUUAAAUUUCAUCCCGUUCGGUUUAGUGUUUUUGUUAACACCCUUAACUGCUUUUAAAUGUAAAUGAAUGCGUGCUUAAUCCAACAGUAAUUAAAUGUUAUAUCCUAAUA